AUGGCGAUCGACCUUACACGCAUCUGGCGAAUCCAGAGCAAAGCAAGAAAGUCGGCCAUCGUACUGCUGUUCUUCACUGCCAUAUGCCUCCUCAUCACGUCAUCCACCCAACGCUUCCAACCACUCCCGCCUCUCGUUGCUCUGCAUGCAACAGAUGGGAGAGCGAACAUACUCGAAUCCACAACGCGAACCGAUAUGCCGGAGCUCACAACUAACAUCAACACUCUCCAAUCCACGACCUCGAAAUAUGCCUAUGCAACUUUUUUCACCGAAGGUGCCGAGAAAGAAGAGGACGACAAGUACCUAAUAUGCACACGGAUGCUCACAUAUCAACUUCUGCAUGACCCAGCAACACGUACCGAGAGAUUGGUUCCAUUCAUCGUGCUCGUCCCUCCAAGCGUCUCACAUACAAAACGAAAUCGACUCCAAAGCGAAGGCGCCACAGUGGUCGAAGUGCCUACAACGAACUUUUCAUGGAUGAAGCCAGGUCGUGAUCGAUGGGCUCAUGUUAUUCACAAACUCAACGUGUUCAAGCUGGUCCAGUUUGAAAAGGUACUGCUUCUCGACUCAGACGUUGUCAUUUUCAAACGACUGGACGACAUUUUCGAAUCACCGACGACGGAAAUCCGCACCAACCUUGGUAACAGCUCCAACGUCAAGGACGAUGAAGGACCACAGCCUCAAAGAUAUCUCAUGGCGGGUGACACUUCACCAGAAGAAGGCAUUAAACAUUCUUGGCCUGCGAAGAGGAGAGCUUCACCAGUCAAUGCCGGCUUCGUGGUUCUCCAUCCUUCGGAAGAGAUGUACGAGUAUAAUAUGCGAAUCGCAUCGAUAGAAGGAAGAUUCUUGAGCAGCGCCCCAGAGCAGAAUCUAUGGAACUACAUACAUCGACCAGAUGGCAAUAUGCCGUGGAACCGUAUCGAACACACGUGGGUCAUGAACAAGCCCAAAUAUGAGGACUACAAGAACGGAAUCGCCGCAGUACACGAGAAAUGGUUUCGGAGGAGUCAGGAGGACCCGGCUUUGAAAGAGGAGUUGCUGAAGAGCCGUUGGAAGAUGGAAGGUUUUUGGGCUAGAGGGCCUCUGUAUCAAGUUUAG